AUGGUGUCCGGUCAGACGAUGAGGUGUGGACAGCGGGAGAUCGAAGUCAUGCAGGUACGUGAGAGAUUUAUCUGUCCAGUGACUCGGAGCAUGAUUGACAGCCGGGGCUAUCUCUGUACCCUCUCAAGUUCUUGUAUUAAGACAACAGGAAGACACGAGUAUACUACGUCACGGAGCAACUUAUGGGUAGCUCGUCAGGCUCCUCCAGAACAGGGGCCAAGAACUAAAAUGAGUGUUCUCCAUUGGUUAAUUGUUGUUUUGUGCAAUGUUGGAUUAUCGUCUUCUCUGAGGAUUGGUUUGUUGAUGCCCAAGGAUGUUUAUAAUUAUGGGAUUCCAAGUUACCAGACAUCUUCUGGGGCCUUUUUGGCAGCUGUCAGUGACAUCCACAUACCCAAUGAUACCGUACAAUUCACGUUCAUUGACACGUUUUGUCUCAACAGCCUCGCUCUGGCCGGAACAGCUAAUAUCAGCAAAAAUGUCGACGUCAUAAUUGGUCCGUCUUGUGGAGAGGAAGCUAUCCAUGUUGUGUCUCUGUUGGUGUCUGCCUGGGGAAUUCCCAUUAUAACAUGGACUCCAGUUGGAGAGGAGUACUUCCAGUCCCACGAAAUAACGACACUCAUCUCUACAUUUGGAACAUACCAGAAUUUCACACAGUCGCUCGCAAGAGUUUUGUUACAAUACUCUUGGAAAAAUAUAGGCGUGAUAUACUUCGGAAAUGAGAUAUGUGAGAAAAUAUCCCAUUACAUCUCCACCGGAUUUCCGGACAAUGACAUCCUCAUCCAUCGGGUGGAAAAGUUAGACAAUUUCACCCAACCGGAAGUGGAUAAGGCCAUCAGCAAUGUCAAAGACCAAGUAGCCAUUAUUAUCUUGUGUUUACCGAGUGAGUAUCUACUGGAUGUCCUACUCGUGGCUCAGAAGAAGGGUAUGGCUAGCGGGGAUUACAUGUUUAUAUACUGUAAGUUUAACCCUCUAAUCAACCAUCUGCCUGUAAAUAACGGCACAAACAAGGAGCGUAUGGAGCAGAUCAUGGAGUCAGUUCUCCACUUCGGUCCACAAACCAUGAUUAAACCGUCGGAAGUUAACAGAUUCGGAUCAACGUUAAAUCAUACGAUUGAUGACUUUGUGCUGUAUCUAUAUGACGCUACUGUGAUGUUUGCUACGUAUUACAAUACCACUAGGCAGGCGAAGGCUAACGCGACUGGUCUAGAUAUUGUUAACGACAUCAAAAGAAUGUCCAGUUACGUUGGAAAAUCAGGAUAUUUUAAGAUACUGAGUAAGGGCCAGGCAAUGCGGGAGUUUGGGAUAUACCAUUAUCAAAAUCAAAAGUACGAAACAGUGGCGUUGGUGAAAAAUGGGAUAUUUACAUCGUACAUGAGUGUUUCAUGGCCAAAAGGACACCAACCCAAGGACACGCUUCCAAAAAUGUGUAGCUCGGACUCCAGCUGUGACAAUACAGAUAAUACGGCUGCUAUUGUCGCAGGUGUGUGUACAGGAACAGUUCUUAUCAUUGGAGCAAUUCUUUUCCUUUUCGUCCUUUACAGGAAAAAGAGAUUCGAAAAAGAACUCAUGGGGAUGUUAUGGAAAGUAAACGAAAAUGACGUCAAAAUGCGGAAGGCCCGUCCUGGUAAUGGCACAACUGCCCCCUCCAAUGGUGAACCGGAAGUCCAGCACAAGAAAAAGCUCGUGCGAAUGGAAACAAGAGGUACCCUGGGCUUCGGAUCAUCUUGCAGUUUGGACAAAAAUCUUCUGUAUGCACCAAUAGGAAACUAUAAGGGAUCAGUGGUAGCGGUGAAAAACAUACAACGUAGAUCUAUCAGGUUGAGUCGGGAUGUGCUGCGCGAUCUGAAAACUCUACGGGAGUUACAACACGACAACCUUAAUGCUUUUGUUGGUGCUAGCCUCGAGGCACAGAACACCUAUAUACUUACACGGUAUUGUUCCAAGGGCAGUCUCCAGGACGUACUGGAAAACGAUGAUAUAAAGGUCGACUGGAUGUUCAAAAUGUCUUUCUCUUUAGAUUUAGCAAAGGGUAUGGAGUUCCUUCACAAGAGUCCACUAAGAUCACAUGGCAACCUAAAGUCGACCAAUUGUGUGAUUGACAGUCGGUGGGUACUAAAGAUCACAGACUAUGGCGCAAUUACCAACCAGCCAGAGGAACCAGACCAGGAGGAGGGCGAAUCAGAGUACUAUAACAAAUUGCUGUGGACAUCGCCAGAGUUGCUACGAUUACAGAAGCGACCGCCAAAAGGCUCACAGAAAGGAGAUGUGUUUAGCUAUGGCAUCAUACUACAGGAGGUAUUCCUGAGAGUGUCGCCAUACUUCUACAAUCGGGCUUCUAAGCCAAAAGAAAUUGUAAACAGGGUUCGUUAUAAUGAAACGCCUCCAUAUCGACCUAAUAUUCCCGAUGACAGCAAUCUGCCAGACAAAGCCGUAAGUCUGAUGACGCUGUGUUGGCACGAACACCCGGAAAGUAGACCGGACUUCCAGCAUGUCAGAAAGAGGCUCAUAGAUUUAAAUGGGGGAAAGAAGAUGAAUAUCAUGGAUAACAUGAUCCACUUGUUGGAGGCUUACAGCAAUAAUCUAGAGGAGCUGGUCACAAGCCGAACCGAGGAACUGGCCCUGGAAAAGCAGAAGACGGACAAACUUCUUUACAAUAUGCUUCCACCAAUGGUAGCCGAGCAACUGAAGAGGGGAGAGUCUGUCCGCCCGGAGACAUUUGAUGACGUGUCCAUCUUUUUUUCCGAUAUUGUGGGCUUCACAACCAUUGCAAGCAGCAGUGAACCGUUACAGGUUGUUGACCUUCUCAAUGAUCUUUAUACUACGUUUGAUGGUAUCAUUGCAAUGCACGAUGUUUAUAAGGUAGAGACUAUUGGGGACGCGUACAUGUGUGUAAGCGGCCUUCCUAGAAAGAACGGAAGACGACACGCAGGAGAAAUCGCCAACAUGGCACUAGACCUACUUAGUGCGGUGACUAACUUCCAGAUCCGACACAUGCCAGAGGGAAAAUUGCAGUUACGGAUAGGAUUGCACACCGGCGGGUGUGCUGCAGGGGUGGUGGGUUCCAUUAUGCCAAGAUAUUGCCUCUUUGGGGACACUGUAAACAUGGCAUCAAGGAUGGAGUCAACAGGAAAAGCUCUGCAUAUCCACAUCAGUUCAUCUAUGAACAAGGUUCUGGAGGAUUUGAAGUGGGGUUUCAUCACCAUAGAGAGAGGAAUCAUUGAGGUCAAGGGUAAAGGCCUACAGAAGACAUACUGGCUGAUUGGGAAAAGGCGUUACAACAGACCGCUCCCACAGGAAAUGUUAGAUCUACAGACCAAAUACCAGGAUGCCUUGGCGACCGGGCGGGCAGUGUCUCCAACGGAGUCCCAUAUUUCAGCUGGGGAGCAUAGUGAUAGUAUGUAUGGACGAGCCUUUAGAAAGACAUCCAUAGCCAUAAGCUUCCUGUCUUCGCUCAGUCAUGACGCAUUUUCAAACAGGUCGACAUCGGAAGUAACAGUUGGAGACCUCGCGUUAUCAUGUGAUAGUUUACGAGAACGCCGUCCAAGCAAUGACACACUACUUUCAACAGAUUCUACACUGUCUCCAUCCUCGCCGGAAAUGACGUUUAAAGGAGACGCCACAGCUCCGAAGUCUCCUGAUUCAUUAUUUCCCGAUAGUGCACAAGCACCAAGGACGAGAAAAAUGACGUUUGAUAUACCGAAAAUUGAAAUUUCGUGA